AUGUCCAAUUAUUUUAGAGGAUUCUGGUUAGCUAAAGUUUCGCUUUGGAACGACAUCAAGACUCUUGGCUGGAGGGAAACCUUGAGAAAGGCCUACGUUCUCAGAGAAGUUUGGUGGGAAAAGGGUGAUAAACAACUUGUUGGUAAAGAUAAAUUUGGAAACACUUAUUGGCAAACAACACUACCAACAGAACUUAACAGAGGACGUUGGGUGGAGCUUGCUCGUAAGGAUAGAAUUUAUGAUGCCUCUGAUAUUCCAGCUGAAUGGCAUAUGUGGAUUCAUAGAUUGAGAGAAGAACCACCAACGGAAGCUGAAACUAAUAGAAAAGGAUUUGGUGUCAGACCAACACACACUCCAAACUAUACUGGUGAACCAGAAAAGAGACACUAUCCUCCAGGACAUUUCUUCAACCCAGAACACAAGGAUGUUUCUACUUUGGCCUACGCCCCAGAAAAGGUUCCAAAGCAACAUUUUGAAGAACUUGUUAAUCAAAAGAAAUCUACUCCAUCCACCGACGCUACUACUACCUCCCAAUAAUUCUUUCUCCCUCUUUUUUCAUCAUCACUAAUUUUACGAUAUUGUUGUUUGGAUAAUUGUAAUGAUGAAGAUAAAAUUUUCAUCAUUAUUAUUAUAUCUAUUCAACGCGUUUGUAUGAAUCAUUCAUCAUAUUGGGAUUUCAAAUAAUAAUGGAUGAGGAUUUGUAUUAUAUAAUAGUGGUGAAAUUUAGGUAAAUACAUUUGGAAAAUAAAUUUAAUUCUUUAAAA